AUGCUGCUACACUUGGUGGCUUUCUUGGAUAUCAAGUCUGCUUAUGAUACUGUCGAUCGUAGGGUUAUAUGGCAAGCCCUGUCUGGUUCUACACUUCCUCGUCCUGUUCUGGGUCUUUUGAUGAACAUGUUUGACGAUGUCUCAGUCUCAGUCUUGAUUGCUAAUCAUACCUCUGCUGCUUUCUCUCCUGUUACUGGUGUACUUCAAGGCUCAGUACUCAGUCCUCAUUUGUAUUCGUUGUAUAUCAAUUCCUUACCGAAUCUUUUGCGUUCUGUUGAUACUGGUGCUACGAUGGUCAGUCCUCCUGGUGCUAGUCGUCCUAUUGCCAUCAAUAGCUUGCUCUUUGCCGAUGAUGUUGCUAUCUUUGGGUCUUUGUCUGGUGUCCAGUCUAUGUUGGAUCUUGCUGCUGAACACUCUGUCUGUCUUGGUUAUAGGUGGAAGCCACCUAAAUGUGCUGUGCUCGGUUCUCCUGCUGCCCUCUCUGAUGCUCGUCUUACUCUCUACAAUGAGCCGCUGCCGGUGGUAGAUGAGUUUGUGUACCUUGGUAUGCCAUUUCGAUAUAAAGGGCUACAUGCUCCUAGUAUCUUGUCUCUGCGGUCCGCUGGUGCUGUCAAGGUUAUGGCUUUGCUGAACUCUGUUGGUGUCAACCGUAAUGGUUUCUCUCUGCUGCUCUGUUCUCGUCUGUACAAGGCUUUCGUUAGACCCAAGAUUGAGUAUGGCCUCGCUAUAUCUCAUCUUGACUAUCGUACCUUUGAGGCUCUUGACAAGCUCCAAAACCGGCUGGUUGGUAUGUUCGUGGGUGGUUCCUGGUUCAACGUUGCUAAGCACAUUACCUGUCUCCCUUCAAUGAAACAUCGGUAUAAUGUCUUGGCAACUAGGUAUGCUCUUCGUUCUGCUACUCUACCUGAGGAUAGUCUUGUGGUGGUUCUUCGUGGUGCUCUGUCGUACACUCGACUGGAUCGGUACAUCUGUGAAAACAGUUUGUAUAGAUCUCUGCCUGACCCUGUCCCUUCAUUUGCUGGUCUCAAGGCUCACUUCUCUGACUUCUGGCAAGAUCAGGUGGAUCAACAACUGGCUGCUGCUGCUGCUACUGGUAAACAUGUCCUGCUUCGUGCGUGCCGUCCUUCUGUGUCUCGCCCUGAUCCCAUACUGUAUUUACCUAUUGGUCAAUCUUGUUAUAUCAAAUGUCAUAGCAAGGUCUCACACUGA